GUUGCCGGGCAGCGGCCGCGGGGCGGCGCCGUGCCGCCCGCCAUGCUGAGGGCCAAGGUGCUGCUGGUGGGGCCCCGGGAGUCUGGGAAGUCUGUGCUGGCAAACUUCGUGUCCGAGAGCACGGAGGGGAUCUGCAGCUACAGCCCCACGCAGGGGGUGAGGAUCCUGGAGUAUGAGAAGCCAAACCUCAGCGGGAACAACAAGGGAGCUGCGUGUCGAUUCGAGCUCUGGGACUGCAGUGGUGAUCAGAAGUUUGAAACAUGCUGGCCAGCCCUGAUGAAGGACUCUCAUGGUGUAAUAAUAAUCUUCAACCCUGAGCUGCCCAGCCACCUGAAAGAAAUUGAGAUGUGGUACUCGUGCUUCGUGCAGCAGCAGCCUCUGCUUGACAGUCAGUGUCUCCUGGUGGCACAUCACAAGCCUGGCAGUGCAGGGGACACAGAAAACCUGUCCUUGGCUUAUCCACUGAACAAGCUAAAGUUGAUCCAUUCCAACUUAGAGGAAGAUCCUGAAGAUGUUCGGAUGGAAUUUAUCAAGUACUUCAAAAGCAUUAUCACCAUAAUAAAUGAGAGCAGAGAGAGGGAAGAAAUGUCAAUUAUCUCAUAAUAUUAAAGAAGAUACUGAACAAGGAAGAAAAAAUACAAUUUUCCCUUUGUAAGCUAUACUAUCCUGUGAACAGACCCUCCCAAGGAGAAUUUGCCAGGCUACAAAGACUUCAGCCUGUGAACAAGGAGUGACAUCAAGUGAACUGUGGUGUCAAGGAGAUGGCUGCACAUCCAGGAAUUUGUGUAACUUUGUAGCUGCACCUUGGCAUCAGAGGCACAGGAAGGUGUUACUAUGUGAGUGUGGCUCAAAAUACAAAGGUAUGGGCCAUGUCUUGAGAAUUCCUCUGUGCAGGGCUGCUGGGAGAAGAAAGCCUGACAGAACAUAAGACACUGGAGUUCUGCUGGAGCAUGUGGGCAAAGUGCUCAUGUUAGCUGGUGAAGGCUUGUCUUUGGAAGUCAGUACAAACUGAUUGGAAUAGAGAUCUGAGAAGUCAUGGUGUAGAAUCCACCAUGUGGAUUUUUUAUGUUCCAAGCUGUCCUUGUCUUUCCCUUGAGGAGAGCACAUGGCACAGCCAUUGCCUUGGCAGGACAGAGCAGGUUGCAGUCUUUCUCAAGACUUAAAUUUUUCUUCUAUUCCAACAAAAUGAACAUGUUGUGAGGACAAUGUUUAGGUCUCUCUGGGAGGAAGGAAUUGAAAUCUUGGUUUAAUGCAAUAUUCUGACUUAGGUCAGGAGCUCCAAUAAGUUCUGAAUUCUCCAGAGGAGGAAAAAGCUGUUUCAAAACUUUACUGUUCCCUGUUGCAUUGAAAUAAGUGGUUUCAUAGAUAAUUUACUUUCUGAUUUGUUUGGUUUGCACUCAUUCCUCUUUGUGUGUUUUGCUGCAGAAGACAUUUUUUUGUAUCGUGAAUUACUAAGCAAUAAAAACAUUUUAAAAAUGCA